GGCGGCAGCUGCAGCAGCGGCGCAGGGCGGGGCGCCCGACCCCGUCCUCCCCGGGCCGAGCAGCGGGCGUGCUGGCGCCGCCCCCGUCCCUGUCCCCGUCUCAGUCGCCGCCGCCCGACCGGCUGGGGCUCGCGGCGCGGGGACCUCGGCGGCGCCGCAGCCCGGCCAGCCAUGGCCCAGCCCGGCGAGGACGCUCGGCCCGGGCCCGAGGCGGCGGUGCAGAUCCGCGUCGCCAUCCAGGAGGCCGAGGACGUGGAGGGCUUGGAGGAGGAGGAGGAGGGGGCGGAGGCGCGGGGCGCCGGGGACCCGAGCCGGUACCUCAGCCCGGGCUGGGGCAGCGCGAGCGAGGAGGAGCCGAGCCGCGGGCACGGUGGCACCACAACAAGUGGAGGCGAGAAUGAGCGUGAGGACCUGGAGCAGGAGUGGAAGCCCCCGGACGAGGAAUUAAUCAAGAAACUGGUGGCUCAGAUCGAGUUCUACUUUUCAGAUGAGAACCUGGAGAAGGACGCCUUCCUGUUAAAGCACGUGAGGAGGAACAAGCUGGGCUACGUGAGCGUCAAGCUACUCACGUCCUUCAAAAAGGUGAAACACCUUACCCGGGACUGGAGAACCACGGCACAUGCCUUGAAGUAUUCAAUGAGCCUCGAGUUGAGUGAGGACCACCGGAAGGUGAGGAGGACCACGCCUGUCCCACUGUUCCCCAAUGAGAACCUCCCCAGCAAGAUGCUCCUGCUCUAUGAUCUCUACCUGUCCUCCAAGCUGUGGGCCCUGGCCACACCCCAGAAGAAUGGAAGGGUGCAGGAGAAGGUGAUGGAGCACUUGCUCAAGCUCUUCGGGACCUUUGGAGUCAUCUCCUCAGUGCGGAUUCUCAAACCAGGCAGAGAGCUGCCUCCUGAUAUCCGGAGAAUCAGCAGCCGCUACAGCCAAGUGGGGACCCAGGAGUGUGCCAUCGUGGAAUUUGAGGAGGUAGAAGCGGCCAUCAGAGCCCACGAAUUCAUGAUUACAGAAUCUCAGGGCAAAGAGAACAUGAAAGCUGUCCUGAUUGGUAUGAAGCCCCCCAAGAAGAAAGCCCCCAAAGACAAGAGCCAUGAUGAGGAGCCCACUACUAGCACCCACAAGUCCCUCAACAAGAGAGUGGAGGAGCUUCAAUACACGGGUGACGAGUCUUCUGCCAACAGCUCCUCCGACCCUGAGAGCAAUCCUGCAUCCCCUAUGGCUGGCCGGAGGCAUGUGGUCACCAACAAGCUCAGCCCUUCCAGCCACCAGAAUCUCUUUCUGAGCCCAAAUGCCUCCCCAUGCUCGAGUCCUUGGAGCAGCCCCUUGGCCCAGCGCAAAGGUGUUUCCAGAAAAUCCCCGCUGGCCGAGGAAGGGAGACUGAACUCCAGCACCAGUCCUGAGAUCUUCCGCAAGUGCAUGGAUUAUUCCUCUGACAGCAGCAUCACUCCCUCUGGCAGCCCCUGGGUUCGGAGGCGCCGCCAAGCCGAGAUGGGGACACAGGAAAAAAGUCCUGGUACGAGUCCCCUGCUCUCCCGGAAGACGCAGACUGCAGAUAGGUUACCUGUAGGGGUGCUGAGGCUGCCCCGGGGCCCUGACAACACCAGAGGAUUUCACGGUGGACACGAGAGGAGCAGGGCCUGUGUAUAAAUACCUUCUAUUUUUAAUACCAGCUCCAUUGAAAACUGCCUUUGUUUUCAAGGUUCUGACAAAUACCUGGCAUGAUAUAGAGUGGAAUUCAGUGAUCCCCUUUGAAAGGUUUUGUAUACACGUAGAUCUCUUAAUUUAUAUAAUUGUUAUAUAUAUAAUUUGUCUAGUACACCAUGAUUUUAAGGCCACCUUCUAGUUGAGAACACUCAUUCCUCCCAGCAUGGCCAUUAUUUUGAUGCCUGACACGUGUGAGUGUGACGGCUCUGAAGGGCUGUGGGACAGGCUCCCUGGGGAGUGGGUCACUUCUUUGGACACGGUUUUUCUCUGCAGUGACUGAACUGUCCUCAAUAGGCCAUGCACGGGCUUCCUGAGAGCCCGGAGGAGUUUUCCUGUGCAAUAGCAAGUAGUUAAGCCAAUAGCAUGGUGUCUUAUAGGACCAAAUGUAUGUUACCUGUCAAGUGAAUAAAUAAUAAAACACCCAGCUGGGA